GAGGCACGGCGGCGCGUGCGGAUGCGUAUUUAUCUGUGAGUGUGUGUGUGUGUUGAUGUGUGCGCGCGCGGCGGUGUGUCACCUAUCAGCAGCGGCAGCGUCAGUCUGCAUGUGGGCUCGAGCCGGAGCUGAAGCAUCCGGGCCGAACUGCGCAGAGAUGCGGCGCACGUAGACGCGACAUGCGACAUGCGGACACACGCGCAGCGCAGAUCACGAUUUAAAACCUGUGAAGAUAAUUAGAGAGUUUGAAAUGACGGCGCUGGAGUCGAGGUGAGGAGCAGCUCCGGUGCUCGGUCCGCUGCCUGCUGCUGCCGCCGCCUGCUGCCUCCUGUCUGACGGGGAGUGCGCACUUUCUUCUCGCUCCUCUGCAGGGCGCGGAGCCAACACACAGAUAUACACUCGUUUUGUUGUGUACCGAGAGGAAUCAUGUCGACGGGGCAGGAUGAGAGCUCAGUCCGGGUGGCUCUGAGGAUUCGUCCUCAGCUGGCCCGAGAGAAGAUCGAGGGAUGUCACAUCUGUACGUACGUGAUGCCCGGGGAGCCGCAGGUGAUCCUGGGCAAAGACAAGUCCUUCACCUACGACUACAUGUUCGACAUGGACUCCCAGCAGGACUCCAUCUACACCACCUGCACAGAGAAGCUGAUCGAGGGCUGCUUCGAGGGCUACAACGCCACCGUCUUUGCAUACGGACAGACGGGUUCAGGGAAGACGUACACCAUGGGGACGGGCUUUGACGUCAACAUCUCAGACGAGGAGCUGGGCAUCAUCCCACGCGCUGUCCACCACCUCUUCAAGGGCAUCGAGGAGCGCCGUCAGGCCGCCCAGGAGCAGGGACGCCCCGUACCUGAGUUUAAAAUCAAUGCCCAGUUCCUGGAGCUUUAUAACGAGGAGGUUCUGGACCUGUUCGACUCCACACGAGACAUGAAACAGAAAUCUCACAUCAAGAUCCACGAAGACGCCACCGGGGGGAUCUACACCGUGGGAGUGACCACACGGACCGUGUCCUCCGAGGCCGAGAUGAUGCAGUGCCUGAAGCUCGGCGCUCUGUCUCGCACCACAGCCAGCACUCAGAUGAACGUCCAGAGCUCUCGAUCCCACGCCAUCUUCACCAUCCACCUGUGCCAAGUUCGCGUCUGUGCCUCCGACAAUCAAGAAAGUGAGACUGACAACAGAGUCUCCAACGGAAACUCUGAGAUGGACGAGUAUGAGACGCUGACGGCCAAGUUCCACUUUGUGGAUCUGGCUGGUUCUGAGAGGCUGAAGAGAACUGGAGCAACGGGCGAUCGAGCCAAAGAGGGCAUCUCCAUCAACUGUGGACUGCUCGCUCUGGGGAAUGUAAUCAGUGCUUUGGGUGACCGGAGCAAGCGGUCGUCACAUGUGCCUUACAGAGACUCCAAACUCACCCGACUGCUGCAGGACUCGUUGGGAGGAAACAGCCAAACCGUGAUGAUUGCCUGCAUCAGCCCGUCUGACCGGGACUUCAUGGAGACGCUGAACACGUUAAAGUACGCCAACCGAGCGAGGAACAUCAAGAACAAGGUGAUGGUGAACCAGGACAAGGCCAGCCAGCAGAUCAGCGCUCUGAGGACGGAGAUCGCUCGGCUGCAGAUGGAGCUGAUGGAGUACAAGACGGGUAAACGCCUGAUGGGUGAGGACGGCGUGGAGAGCUUCAGCGACAUGUUCCACGAGAACUCCAUGCUGCAGACGGAGAACAGCAACCUGAGGGUGAGAGUGAAGGCCAUGCAGGAGACCAUCGACGCCCAGAGGGCGCGGCUCACCCAGCUGCUCAGUGACCAGGCCAACCAGGCGCUCGCCAGGGCAGGUGAAGGUGGAACUGAAGAAAUAGGAAACAUGAUUCAAGGUUACAUCAAAGAGAUUGAAGACCUCAGAGCCAAACUCCUGGAGAGUGAAGCUGUGAACGAGAAUCUGAGGAAGAAUCUGUCUCGUGCCUCCAACCGCCAGUCGCUGUACGGAGGACCCGGCUCCUUCUCCUCCACUCUGCUGGCGCCUGAAAAGGAGACCUCUGACAUCAUCGAACUCGCCAAGAAAGACCUGGAGAAGCUGAAGAAACGAGAGAAGAAGAAAAAGAAAAGUGCCAACAAGGAGGAAGUUCCUGACAAUGAUCAGGAGAAGGGCACAGAGAAGGAGAUGACGGAGCGAGUCAACGAGGAGGCAGAAAUGGAGGUCCAGGAGGGCAGCGACCACGAGGAAGGAGAAGAGGAAGAGGAGGAGGAGGAAGAGGAGAUGGAUGUGGAGGAGAGCUCAGAUGAUUCUGACUCAGAGUCAGAUGAAAAAGAGAACUUCCAGGCCGAUCUGGCCAACAUCACCUGCGAGAUCGCCAUCAAGCAGAAGCUGAUCGACGAGCUGGAGAACAGCCAGCGGCGUCUGCACACGCUCAAACAGCAGUACGAGCAGAAGCUGAUGAUGCUGCAGUGCAAGAUCAGGGACACCCAGCUGGAGCGGGACCGUGUCCUCCAGAACAUGAAUACAGUAGAAAGCGGCACAGACGACAAGGCUCGUAAGAUCAAGGCUGAGUAUGAGAAGAAGCUGAGCGUGAUGAACAAGGAGCUCCAGAAGCUCCACUCGGCUCAGAAGGAACACGCCCGCCUGCUGAAGAACCAGUCGCAGUACGAGAAGCAGCUGAAGAAGCUUCAGAUGGACGUGGCUGAAAUGAAGAAGACAAAGGUGCGUCUCAUGAAGCAGAUGAAGGAGCAGCAGGAGAAGAACAGGAUGAACGAGUCUCGCAGAAACCGAGAAAUCGCUUCAUUAAAGAAAGACCAACGCAAGCAGGAGCACCAGCUGAAGCUACUGGAGGCUCAGAAGAGGCAGCAGGAGCUGAUCCUGAGGAGGAAGACUGAGGAGGUGACGGCUCUGAGGAGGCAGGCCAGGCCCACCUCAGGUAAGGUCGUCAGGAAAAUUAAUCUCCCAGAACCGAUGCAGGACUCCACCCACAGACCUCCAUCUGGACGCUUGUACUCCUCUGGCAACGCUGCUCCCAACGGCACCCGGUCCUCCUACAGGCGUACAGUCGGUAUUUACUCCACCAGGAUCGCCCGCAAUAAAUGGCAGUCCCUGGAGCGCCGUAUCACUGACGUCAUCAUGCAGAGGAUGACUAUCUCCAACAUGGAGGCCGACAUGAACCGUCUCCUCAAGCAACGAGAGGAGCUGACCAAGCGUAAAGAGAAGGUCAUCCGUAAGAGGGACCGGCUGGUCAGGGAGGGACCAGAGGCAGAGAAGGCCAUGCUUCCUCUCAACGAGGAGGUGGACGCGCUGACGGCGAACAUCGACUACAUCAACGACAGCAUCGCAGACUGUCAGGCCAACAUCAUGCAGAUGGAGGAAACCAAGGAGGAAGGCGACACGGUGGACGUCUCUGCAGUGAUUGGUUCCUGUACUCUGACAGAAGCUCGUUUUCUGUUGGAUCACUUCAUGUCGAUGGCCAUUAACAAGGGUCUCCAGGCGGCCCAGCGGGAGUCUCAGGUGAAGGUGAUGGAGGGCCGGCUGAAGCAGACGGAGAUCACCAGCGCCACACAGAACCAGCUGCUCUUUCACAUGCUGAAGGAGAAGGCCGAGUUCAACCCGGAGCUGGACGCACUGCUGGGGAACGCGCUGCAAGAGCUAGGUAACAUCCCGGCCGAAAAUGGAGACGACAGCAGCAGUGAUGAAUCUGCACAGAGUCCGUCUGCAGAGGGAAACACUUUGACAUCAGAUCUGAUGAAACUCUGCGGAGAGACCAAAACAAGAAAUAAGGCUCGCAGGAGGACAACCACUCAGAUGGAGCUGCUGUACGCCAACAGUGACUCCGCCCCCGACGCACCCACAGCAGACUUCUCCGGUCCGAUGCUGCCAUUGGCUGAAACACCCGAGGGGGGAGGAGACGUGGACUCGUCAGGCUCAUCAGUCAGGGACUACACAGCUCUCUCCCCCGGCUUUUCCUCUAAAAUGGGCAGCAUUUCUGGCUCCAGAACUUCACCAGGGGUGGAGAAGCGAGCGCCGGAGCCUUCGCCACUGUCUCGCAGGAAGACCUAUGACAAGGCACAGGCAGCGGCCGACAGGGCAAAGGUCAAGGAGAUUAAACACCGUACUGUCUUCCUCCCCGGCCCCAUCAUCAGGAACCUGAACAGCAGCCCGCCACUUCCUGUACCCCCCACCGCCGCUUGUCCUAGUAACCACAUCGCUGCGUCGAGCCGUAUGACAGGGUGUCUGUGGCGUGCUGCUAACGUCCUGCAGGAUAAGACCAGUGGACGCCUCCACCUGUCGUCCAAACACAUCCUGCACUCUGCGUCCCCUCCUCUCUCCGACCCGCCCAAGGGCAUCAUUAACCCGGUGCCGGCCACUAAGAGCAGCCGCUCAGCGACGCUGCAGUGCGUCCACGUGGCGGAGGGACACAGUAAAGCUGUUCUCUGUGUCGACUGCACUGAUGACCUUCUCUUCACCGGAUCCAAAGACCGGACCUGUAAGGUGUGGAAUCUGGUGACGGGUCAGGAGAUAAUGUCCCUGGCUGGUCACCCCAACAACGUGGUGUCAGUCCGCUACAGCUCCAGUCUGGUCUUCACCGUCUCCACGUCCUACAUCAAAGUCUGGGACAUCCGAGACUCGGCCAAGUGCAUCCGAGUGCUAACGUCCUCUGGUCAGGUGAAUGUUGGGGACGUCUGUUCGGCCAACACCAGCCGGACCGUCACCAUCCCAGCAGGAGAGAACCAGAUCAACCAGAUCGCUCUCAACCCCAACGGAACGGUUCUGUAUGCCGCCGCCGGGAACUCAGUCAGAGUCUGGGACCUGCGAAGAUUUGCAUCCACAGGGAAGCUGACUGGUCACCUGGGUCCAGUCAUGUGUCUGACUGUGGAUCAGUCCGGAAACAACCAGGACCUGGUGAUCACCGGCUCCAAAGACCACUACAUCAAGCUGUUUGACGUCACUGAAGGCUCUCUGGGGAGCAUUGGCCCCACACACAACUUUGAACCCCCCCAUUACGAUGGCAUUGAGUCGCUGGUGGUCCAGGGGGACAUUUUCUUCAGCGGCUCUCGAGACAACGGCAUCAAGAAGUGGGACCUGGACCGCAAAGACCUGCUGCAGCAAGUCCCAAACGCACACCGUGACUGGGUUUGUGCACUGGGAGUCGUCCCCGGGUCCCCGGCCCUGCUGAGCGGCUGCAGAGGCGGGGUGCUCAAGCUGUGGCACACGGACACACUGGGGACUCUGGGGGAGCUGAAGGGGCACGAGAGCCCCAUCAAUGGCAUCUCCACCAACAGCAGCCACCUGUUCACCGCCUCCGAUGACCGGACUGUGAAGAUCUGGCGUGCACGUGGUGGACUGGACAGCACUUUAGAGGCGGCUGACAAUGUGGACGAGGUGGCCAGUAACUGAUGCCUGAAAGGACACUAACAGCAUCUAGUGAUGCUGCUGCCCUGCACUUUGACCCCUAAUUUCUCCAAUGCUGACUCCUUAAACACACACCUUCCACGCCAUGUAACCUUCAUGACUGAGCCAACAGGAAGUAAUCUCAUCUCAACACAAACUAGCACAAUCACUCCUCUGUUAGAGUCUGUGUGCUCAGAGAGUCGUGAUGAUCAGUUUCACUUCUCUGUAUCAUUAACGACUCUCUGCAGCAUCUUUUUCUCUCUUGCGCUGUAGACGAUACGUCACCGUGGAGAUAAGAACUCACAGGAUGUUUAUUUAAAACACACUCGUAGAAAAUAUCUCUGCUGCUCAGCUCUGCUCAGUGCUGUGUCAGGAUGAAGUCCACCUGCAGACACACAUUAACCAGGAAAAGUUCAGCAGUGUUAGAUUAGAAUAAAAGCGACAGGACGCUGAGUGUUGAAGGAGAAAAGUGUGGCAGAGCUAACGGGUUGGUAGCUGGUCUUCACAACCCCAGUUCUCCAAUUUCUUUGGAUUGUUUCUCUGCACUUGAAGCAGAACUAAUGUCCCCCCGCACCUUCACCAGCCCCGCCCUACGCUCUGUCUCCCCCCAAAUAACAAAAAGUGGCUUUACUGUAUGUGAAUAAGACAAAUCACCGUUCCCCUUAACGUCCCUCUCCUGCUUCUGUGCUCCUCGAUUCCUGCAGCUGUUUUAAGAUCAGCGACCAAAAUUGUGCACUCUGUCGUCUUUGCUGUCCUGCACUGCACCGUGAACAGAACACACUGUACAGUAACAGUCUCACUGUAAAGCAGCAGUGCGACAUUUUGGGGAAAAUGAUGAUUUGCUUUCUUGCUGGGAGUUUGAAGAAACUACUCUCAUAUCUGUUUGUUAAAUAUACAGCCAGCAGCUGCUUAGCUUAGCAUUAGGACUGGAAACAGGGAAACAGCUUGCUGGCUCUGGGAACAAAAUCUGACUGUGUGCAGGUCUGAAGCUCACUGAUGAACAUGCUGAAUCUCGUUUGUUUAAUCUGUACAAAACCCAAACAAUUUGUGGGUUUAACUCCAUUUUUACACUUUGGUUUUUGUUUGGAUUAAAGUAAAUAUAGACAAACUUUAUGACUUUAACUUAUAAAGUAAGUGUUCACUGGAUAGAAUAAGUGUGAGUAUAAUAUCUUGGGAAGAAAAUGAAGGCAAAGAAGUGCAUCAAUCAUUGUGCAACCAAAAACAGGAAGAAGAUAGACCUUUUCAGCUGUCAGUAACAAUCAUGGAUGUGUUAAGAGAACUAGAUAUAAUGGGGCCUUGUUCAUUCCUUUGAAAGUUGCUCCAUGGCACAUGAAACCAAAAAAGUUUGACUUCCCAGUUAUAAAGUCACCUGGAUCUUCCACAGCGUUGCUCCCGUGCUUCUAACUUGGUCUUUCAAGAAGUUACCAGACCAAAUGGGUCAAAUCUUGAUAAUGAAACGACUCAUUUCUCGGGGGUGGUGAAGCUCAAAAAAAUUUAUUCAAGGAUUUACAGAUGUUACAGACAGACCUGAAAGUUGUUGUUAUGCUAUCAGGCCACAAUGUGAAAUUGGCUUCAUAGCCCAACUCUAUUCCUGGGGGCCCGGUAGCUAUCCCCAGUUACCAAAGUGUUUCAGAGUGAGGUCCUUGCAGUCACUAUCCCAGCAACCGGAGGUGGUGAGCGAUGGAACAACUGAAGUAACUGUGGGAGUGUCCAGAAAAAAAACAAGCAUCAACCUCCGAGGCUGAAAAAUUAAGCUUAAAAACUGCAGUUCCAAUAAUGUCCACUUGAGGCUGGCUCCAAGAGCGAGUCAGUCCCCACAGACCCCCAUGUUAAAAUGUAGAAAUAAACAUGUUGACACCCUGGUACAAAAACAGAGGAAGUAGGUAUACUCUCCUGUUCCUGUGGCUCUUUGGCUGAUAGGUAGGUAGACCCUCCACUACAACACUGGUUAGCAUGCUAACACAUGAGGCUAAGAUCGUAAACAUGGUAAAUAUUAAACCUGCUCAACAUCAGCAUGUUAGCAUGCUAACAUAGCAUUUAGUAGCAGUCUGACUAAUUGCAGCCUCACAGAGAUGCUAAUAUGGCCGUAGCCUCUUGGUUGUAGGGCAGUAGGCUACCAAGCGAAACCUCCAAGGCUGAUGAAAUGAAGCCAACUUUACAGCAGAAAAAAACACGUUUACAGCCUGGUACCAAAAAACAGUUUUGGUCUCUGUAGCUAAUUUCAACAUUCUUAACAACUGUACAGAGGCUGAAUUUUUUAUAUAACUCACCUGUUAAUACUUUAUUAAGGCUUAAAGUUACGCAUAAUUAAUGGCAUGGCCUCUUUGAGUGACAGGCUCCUCAGCUUCUCAGUCAGCUCCACCCCUCACUCCUCCACAGCUCCACCCUCUUGUCCAAAUAUGGUCAUUUCUGGCUUCAAAACCAAGAUGGCAAAGGCCAAAAUGCCAAACGCAAGGCCACAAAAUGGGACUCCACAAACCAAUGGGUGACAUCACGGGAGCUACGACCAUUCUUUUACACAGUCUAUGGAAAAAAGCUUGCGACAGCUGUGCAGCAAUAUUUAAUGACUUCACUAGGGAGCGGAGGAGGAGCUGCUCGGCAGAUUUAGUUACCUUCAGACAGAGCCAGGCUAGCUGUUUCCACUUGCUUCCAGUCUUUGUGCUAAGCUAAGCUAACAGACUGUAGCUGGUAUCACUUCUCAUCUGACUCUCCAGCAGAAGUGUUUCCCAAAAUGUCGAACUCUUGAGCACUUGUGAAACCGCCACAGUCUUUGAGAAACACGUAAUCCUUUGUGAAUGUGAGCAGGUUCAGCGUUUGAGGAUAUUCUACACUUGUUGUUCAUAUUUCAUCGUAUGUAAAGCGUAUGUUCGCUCUUCUUGUUAACACUCACUAAUCCCACACUACUGAGUCAUCGUCGUCUAACUCCCAUGCUGCUACGUCACGUGCUCACCUUCUCUCCACCCUAUCAGAGGGCUUCUUGUCAUGGACUCCGGGUGAGGUCCGCUCCGCACCGAGCAGCGUGUUUGUAUAUAUGUGUAAUGGUAUCUUCUUUUUUUGUUUUCGGAGAGGAGAGGCCUUCAGACUCUGCCUGUGUCGUGAGCCUAACCACGUCUGUCUCCCAGUUCUGAUCCUUGUGGGGCCUUCCUGGAGACGCUCGUGGUCUCCGUCAUGUAACCGACGUGUUUGUGUGCUGUCACUUCUGAAUGUUCGGUCAAACAGCAGUUGUAGGCGUUUCUUCAAGUACAUAUCUGAUGUAUGUAAACAAUGUAUUUAAAAGAAAAAUCUGACUGAAUGUUAGUUUUGUGGGACCACUGAUCUGAGCGCAGUCUCACACGAGAGCCGAGAGGACCAGAAUUGACGGAAGACUGACAAGCUUUGACGCUUUGGACGGAGUUUUUCCUCCAGUGAUGUGGCAGAUUGUGUUUAGUGGCCUAUGGUUAGUUUUUUUUUUUUUUCAUCUUCGUUUUGUUUGUAAUGCUGUCCCUGUUCCACAUAUCCCGGGCGUUCCCACUCUGGAGUUUUAGCAGCCAUUCCCAAGUGGCGGACUCUGUAGCGAUUCUAAUGUCAGAUGCCUUGGUGAGAAUAAACGCCAUCUGU